CCCCCCUCCCGCCCCGCCCCCCGGCAACGCUGAAACAAACGCGCUGCGUUAAGGCCCCAGCCGCCCCCUGUCACCUACUGUCCGGCCAGCCCCGGUCGAGGCGGCUCCGGGACGCUGCGGAGCCUUAGCCAGGCCGGGGAAGCCGCGUUCCCAGCCCCACGAAGCAAAGGUGUUUCCUCCGCCCUUGGCAGGGGUGAGGCGGCCGCGAGCCGACAGGAUGUCUCAUUUCUCUUGUGAAGAUGAAGCUCUGUUACAGUCUAUGCUCAGACAAUUACUGCAGAGUGUGAAGGAAAAAAUCAUAGGAGCACCAUCAGUAGAAUGUGCAGAAGAGAUUCUUUUACAUUUGGAAGAAACGGAUGAAAAUUUUCACAACUAUGAGUUUGUGAAAUACCUUAGACAAUACAUAUGUAGCACCCUGGGCUCUGUGAUUGAAGAAGAAACAGAAAAAUGUACCUCUGCUCAAAAUCAGGGUGAAGGAUCUGGUUAUGACACUCUUGUCCAACAUGUUACUAAGAAGACUCGUGAAUCAAAAGAGUACAGAGAAAUGAUGCAUUCCUUGAAGAAUGUCAUGAUGGUGGUGGUGGAAUCUCUGAUUAACAAAUUUGAAGAAGAUCAGAUGCGUAAUAAGGAGAUGCAUAGGAAAACCAAGAAAGAGCAACAUAGUGCUUACUAUACAGACAACUGCUCUGAUAGUGACUCAUCAUUCAAUCGGAGUUAUACAUUCAUGAAUCAAGAACAAUUACAGCUACUUGUGGAAAGGCUUGACCCUGCUCAGCCUAAGGAGGUGCGCCACGAAGCAAUGCAGACAUUAUGUUCUGUGCCUCCCUCUGAUGUACUUAACUGUGAGAGUUGGUCUAAUUUGCGUAAACAUCUGACAGUUUCUCUCUCGGAUCCUGAUUCCAGUGACAAAAUUUUGAGAUUCUAUGCAAAGACCUUUUCAUCUUCUCCACUAACUAUGACAAAGGAAGUCUAUACAAGUCUAGCGAAACACUUGGAAUUGUACUUUCUUUCUGGAGAAAACUGUGUUCCUACUAUUUCAGAUGGUAUAGACAUAACUAACGCAGAAAUAAUUCGUUUACUUAAAAAGGUGCGUCUUCUAAAUGAGUACCAAAGAGAGGUUCCCUCUUUCUGGAUUCGUCAUCCAGAAAAGUAUAUGGAAGAAAUAGUUGAGAGUACCUUAUUGCUGUUGUCAGUAAAACGUGAGCAAACACACCUUGUCUCUCCAAAACUUUUGGAUGCAGUCUACUUCUUGGCUCUGCUUGAUAUCAAAGCUGUGUGGUUUAAAAAAUGGAUGCAUGCAAAUUAUAGCAGAACAGUGGUGCUGUGGCUCCUUGAAAAGAAAUAUAAAUCUCUGAUUACUGCAUCUGUUCAACAGUGUGUUUACUACUUUGAAUCAUGUGAAUCAGCAGUUGAUGCAACUUCUAAAGUUAAUGUUUUGCCCCAGCAGUACAGCAGCAAUAACCAGAAGACUUUCUACUCAGGACAAGAAUUACAGUAUAUCUAUUUUGUUCAUUCACUGUGCCUUUUAGGAAGAUUGUUGAUAUAUAAACAAGGCAGAAACCUAUUUCCUGUACAGCUGGAAAAUAGAAAAGAUUUCAUAUCCCUAACCGACCUGUUGGUACUAUUUAUUCAAUUUAUUUAUUGCUCUCCCACUUGCCCAAAGACAACUCUGACAGUGCACACAGGCAAUUAUUCUCCAGCAGUCCUUGUUACAGAGGUGCUACAAAUUCUGUGUGACCGAAUUGAAUGUGCUACUGAAUGUUUAUAUACUAAUACGGUGAUAGAUGCACUUCUUCAUCCCAUUCAUAAUUUACUGAAUGAAACAGAGAUGUAUAUAAAUUGCCCUGAAACCUCUUUAAUACAUAUAGCUGAUAUUUUGGCAAGGAUUGCUGCUGUAGAAGAUGGCCUUUCUCUUCUCCUUUAUGGAGGAAACAUGAACUCUGCCAAAAAGGAUAGUCUUACAGCAGCUCAUACAAUUGUUCAAUUUACAAAGAAACUCCUUGAUGAAAAUAUUUCUGUUUUGUCUGGAUCCGAGAUGUUGCCAGCCGUUAAAGGAGCUUUCAUUUUUGUGUGUCGUCAGAUGUAUAGUACCUGUGAAGGUCUGCAGGUGCUGAUUCCUUAUGGUUUGCAUGAAUCCAUUGCUGAUGCUUGGAAGAAGGCUAGUUCACUUUCAGAAAGGAUUCCUACUCCUGUACCUGGAGCAGACUCCAUUUCAUCAGGAAAUCAAGAGUCACAAAACAUUAUGGUAUGGGAAGAGACUUUAUUAGAUGAUUUAUUAAACUUUGCUGCCACUCCAAAAGGUGGUCUUCUUCUUCAGAAUACAGGAGCCCUCAAUGAAUGUGUAACCUUUAUGUUCAGCAGAUUCUCAAAAAAACUCCAGGUGAGUGGAUGUGAAAGGUUUGGUUAUGGAGUGAUAGUUACACAAAUCGCAUCGACAUCUCCAGGUGCAGUAGCUCUGCAUCGUUCAGGGUUUAUAAAAUCACUUAUAACUGAAUUAUGGGCUGUUUUGGAGUGUGGAAGAGAUGAUCAUAGAGUAACUCACCCCAGUUCUACUCCAGUAGAUCCUAUUGACCGAAACUGUCAGAAGUCUUUUCUAGCGCUGGUCAAUUUGCUAUCCUAUCCUGCUAUUUAUGAACUGAUAGGUGAUCAGGAGAUACCAAAUAAACCAGAAUAUUCUCUCCGUGAAGUUCCUACAAAUGUUAUUGAUAUAAUUGACAGACUUAUAAUUUUGAAUUCAGAAGCUAAAAUUCACUCCUUAUUCAAUUAUGAACAAUCACACAUCUUUGGUCUGAGGUUGUUAAGUGUGCUGUGCUGUGAUCUAGAUACACUUCUACUUUUAGAGUCUCAAUAUAAAGUAUCACAAGUGCUUCUAAAUGCCCAGAAGGAGAACAUCAUAGAAACUUCUGAAGGACCUGGAAAUUUUAUAAUUGAUGGUCUAUCGGUAGAGAGAAACCAUGUUCUUGUUAGGAUAAAUCUUACAGGAGGACCAGUGGAACGGAUUUUGCCUCAUAGAGUACUAAAUAAGGGCACUGAUCCAUAUCCCUGGCCAAUGUUUUCAUCCUACCCCUUGCCAAGGUGCUAUCUUUCAGAAGCUCCUAGGAAAGCUGAUUUUAGACAAGAUAGUGAUCUCAACAAGCUGUUGGCAUCCUUAAAAAAUCCAGAUAAACAGCUAGUAUGGAUUGAAAACUGUAGAAGACAGUUUUGCAAAAUCAUGAAAGCCAAACCUGAUGUCAUCAAUGGAACCAUUUUGGCAGAAUUAAUUGAAAAGUUUGUGUUGCAUCUUUCUGAAAACCCAUCAGAAUGUUACUUCAGCACUGGAGAAUAUGAAGCUGAUGAUGCAAAUGUGAAGAAUGAAAGCCUUUCAUCUGUGCAGCAGCUUGGCAUUAAAAUGACAGUCAGGUAUGGUAAAUAUUUAAAUUUGCUGAAAGAUGGUGCUGAAAAUGAUCUGUGCCUGGUGUUAAUGCACUGUGAUAAAUUUCUGAAACAACAGCAAACAUCUGUAAAGUCCUCACUUCGUUGUUUGCAGGACGGUUACGCUGGCUAUGACUGGUUUGCAUCUUCUGUAUUUCUGAUAAUGUCAGGAGAGAGAGAGAAAACAUUAACAUUUCUUCAACAAUUUUCCAGUCUUCUCAUCUCAGCAUUUCUCUGGCUGCGAAGACUGCAUGUUUCUGUACACCUAUCUAUUGACACAGCAGAAUCUGGCAUCCACCCAAUCUAUUUUUGCAGUGCUCACUACAUUGAGAUGUUGCUGAAGGCUGAGUUGCCACUUGUCUUUUCAGCUUUCCACAUGUCUGGUUUCACUCCAUCACAGAUUUGUCAGCAGUGGCUAGCUCAGUGUUUCUGGAAUUACUUGGACUGGAGCGAGAUCUGUCACUACAUUGCUACAUGUAUUUUCCUUGGUCCUGAUUAUCAGAUCUAUAUGUGUAUAUCUGUGUUCAAACAUCUUCAGCAAGAUAUUCUGCAGCACACACAGACCCAAGAUCUACAGGUUUUUCUCAAAGAAGAAGCACUCCAUAGAUUUCGAGUGAGUGAUUAUUUAGAAUACAUGGAAAGCUUGGAGGCAACCUACAGGCCAUUGCUGUUGAGAGACAUGAGGAACAUUUGAAUGCAGAGCACAUAGAUCAAGCAAACAAGCAUUUCAUCUUCAAGCUUUAGAUGAGUUCUGAAAGGGAAUGCUGAUUGUUUUAUAUCAGUCUCCAUAAAAAUUCAUGCUGUGGAAAUAUACAUACGUUAAAAUCAAUAAUAAAGGUUUUCAGAAUAUAAGUUUUUCAAGGGGACAUCAUCUGAACUGGAUCAACUGAAAAAUAAAUAAUUUUUCCAGCCAUA